CGUGGAGCCGGCCUUGGCACGGCCCUAGGAAGAACGUCGGCCUUGUCCCGGAUGCAGACCGGUCAAUGCAAUCCCUGCACUGUCGUCAAGAAUGACCGGUGGGUGGGAACUAUCAAAGAGCUCCGGGGCUGUGGAUAUUCUUGGUCUCACCAUGCAUCGAGCCAUGUGGAGGGGGGACGGUCCCUGGAAUGUAUCACGGAAGGGGAACGGUGUUUCAGAGUGCUAUUUAGGUGCAUUUGGCUUGUACCUGACAGGUAGGAGAAUCACCUACAAUGGUAAUCGCCGAAUCCAUUUCCCCUGGGAGUGUAUGGAAUCAUCCCUGGCCAAAAAAAAAAAAAAAACGAUCUGUCUAUAUAAACCCAAGAUUCGGCCCUGGGGCCCUCGGCUUGUUUUUGGAAGCAUCAAGCUGGUUUAUUCUUCUUGACACUUUCUUCUCUUUCUUCGUGUCCAUUCAUUCUCUCCGGUCUGGGACCGUGCAGCUUCUAUUCUUUCCACUCGCUUUUACACAAGUAUCGGUACCGGUCUACCGAUCAAUUCCAUUCAUUCGCGGUCCUUCUCAACCAGAAUCUACGACAUAUUUUCAAAAAGAUUACUACACCAAGAAUUAAAAUGAAAUCUUUCACUACUACUUCCGCCGCUGCCCUCGCGGCUCUGCUCCCCCUCGUCCACGGCCACGGCUUCGUGACCAGCCCCAACCCCCGUAUGCCCGGCUCCGCCAUGAAGGCUGCCUGCGGCAACCAGGUCGAGGUCAACCAGCAGUCUGACAACUACGGCAACAUUCAGGGUGAACUGCAGGUCGCCGCCUCCCAGAGCGACUACAACGCCGCCGAGUGCGAUAUCUGGCUGUGCAAGGGCUACAAGUUCGCCGACAACCAGGACAACAUCUACUCAUACACUGCCGGCCAGACGAUCGACUUCACGGUCGACAUUCGUGCUCCUCACACCGGUAUCGCCAAUGUCUCCGUUGUGGAUACCGCGAGCAACACGGUCAUCGGUGAUCCCCUGAUCUACUGGUCCGUGUAUGCAUCCACCGCUACCGGCGUUACUGCCAAUGAGACUAGUUUCAGCGUUACGCUGCCUGAUAACCUGGGCUCGCAGUGUGCUACUGCUGGUGACUGUGUGCUGCAGUGGUACUGGUAUGCCGAGUCUAUCGAUCAGACCUACGAGUCUUGCAUCGACUUUAGUCUUGGUGGUUCCAGCUCUAGCUCUAGCACCAGCACCAGCACCAGCUCUUCCUCUACCGUCGUGACCAGCUCUUCUGCUGCGGCCACUACCUCUUCGUCCGCUGCCGCCGCCGAGACCACCUCUGCAGCAGUCGAAACCUCCACCUCCGCUGCAGUCGAGACCACCACUGCGCAGACUACUACCGCCGCCAUCCAGGCUGUGACUACUUUCGCUACCCAGGCCCGUCAAUCCUCGCAGCCUAGCACCGUCACUGCCACUUCUAGUAGCGUUGCAAGCACCCUGGCCAUCCCCACUGAUAGUGCUCAGGAUACGCUGGACUUUGUCCGGUCCGUGUUCAAGUAUCUGGUCGGCAGUGAUUAAGGUGGAGGGAGUGCUACGUUGUGAAUCUGUAUAGGGUGCCAAGUGUGGGGACCCACCUUCUCAGGGAAUAGUGUCUCUAUAGAUCCGGACUUGAAAUGCUGACUCCUUUUUGUUUUCUAUUUGCCGUGCGUGAAGGAUCAUGUAGAUAUUUAUUGAUACCUACCUUGGUUGUCGACGAUGGAGUAAAUGUACAGUACAGCGCUA